AUGUCCGGUUCCGUCCCUGGAAGGCCGCCAAAGCUACUUUCCAACGCCUGCUCGUUUUGCAAAAGACGAAAGAGAAAAUGCGACGGAGCACAACCAUGUGCAACAUGUGUCAAGUAUAACAACACUGAUGGCUGCGAAUACAGCUCCGAUAACGAUCGACGCAAGAAAAAGUACGACUCGACUCAUAUCGACUAUCUGGAGGUCAAGGCCGACCUUUUGGAGCUGCAUGCUGCUAAUUUAAUCAAGAGAACUGAGUCCCUGAAGGACUUUGAUCUUAGUUCGAUCCUCCCGCAACCGCCGCAGUUGACUCAGAAUAACGACUUUGCUCAGCUGGGACAUAUGGGAGAAAAGUACACCAACAUCAACGCGCUGGAAGAAAUAGUGUCCACCGCAUGGAAAGUGAGACAGCAGGGAGACAAAACGGAGUUCUAUGGGCCGCUCUCGGGACGGCAGGGGGUGGUUGAGGACGGAGACGAGAAGUUUAUGAAUCCGGAAACUGAGCUGCUGGAUAUAAAUUUUUGCUCACCCCAGUUCAGAGAGCACCUUUUUAACGUGUUUGAGGAGAACUUUGGCAAGUUCUUCUAUGUCUCUCAGCUCACAUUGGGCGUGGUGCGAUCCUGGCCGUAUCCGUGUGCUGAACCGGACCACCAAUUGCUGGUGUGCUCGAUUUUUGCUUAUGCCUCGGCUUACGUCAGACCCUCCAUCACCCAUGCAUUUCUGGAAAGCGCUGAAAGUGCGGCAAUCACUGCGUGCAAAGAGGCUUUGAACGAAAACACUUUACAGGGACUGCUUAUACUGUCAUGUUUUGAGCUUGGGAUGGCCCAUGAUUCUAAUUCCUGGCUGUUUGAUGCCAUGUGUGCUUCUCAGGCUCAAUACAUUGGUCUCCAUGCUGCUGAGAGGCCCCUGAAAUCGGGCAUUCCAACAAGUGUUGUGUCCACGUCGCCGCUUAAAAGCGCUCUCUUUUGGUCAAUCAUUCUGCAGGACAGAUUCAUCACCACUGUGCUGGGUCGCGGCUGUAGAAUUCAAUACUUCAGAAUCAUGACUCCAUUUUACGGCCCGAAAAACUCGCCGGAGAACUUUGACCUCUAUAUCAGCGAGCUGACAUUCUCUUUCCACUCCAGGCUGUGGUAUCUUCAUGACCGCUCCACUCAACAGAUCUACUCUUUCCGUGCCGACUACCUGCACAAUUCCCAUCGACAAAUGCUGCUUGAGCAGGGUUUUUCUAACCUCCGUGCGCUUUAUGAAUCAUUUCCUGAUGCAAUAAUGCUGAAGCCCGACACAACAGACAAACGGAUUCUUCUUUUGCACCUGUCGUACUAUGUUGUGCUCCUGCUGUUGCACAGGUCCUACCUUAUACAAAACCCCCAAACGAUCAUCGAGCUGAUGAUCAGGCUAUGCACAUCAGCAUCCAAAGUUACGGAAAGGUAUUCAGAGCUUCACGGCUUUAACAAUGCUCCAUACUUUGUUGGCUAUCUUUUAUUCCAAUGUGCCAUGUUUGACUUGUUUAUUCUAGCCAACAAGGACGAAUCGUUCCAAGCAGCGGCGAACUCUCGCUUUGUAAAAUUCGUGACCGCGUUGAGCGAAUACGCAGAUGUCUGGACCCGGGGAAUCAAGGAUAUCAAAGUUUUGGACAGUCUUGCUAAACAGUGGAAUGCAAGUGUUCCCAUUCUUGAUGAGCUGAGACAAGGAAGCCAGCCGCCCCCUGAGACUGUAAUUGCCCAGAACGACGUCUACCAAAACUACCUGAAAGCAGAAAUGGAUAGAGACUUUGCAACGGACGCGCCUGUUCUUGACAUCUACAAUAUACCCACGUUUCUUGAUAGUUUUGAUUUCGAUUUUGCAUAG